UAUUGCACAACUAAAUUUCUCAUGAUCAUAGUUUGGAAGAUUGUUUCUUUACUUCCUUGGAGGUAGAUGUUGAGGUAGAUCAUAUGAAUGCUAAAUGUUUGGUGGGUUGGUUAAAUUGUCAUAGCUGAUAAAGGAUUCCUGGAUAUCGUUUGGACUGGCUGGACUCUCUCAUUCAUCGCUGGAUCAAGGACUCUUCAAGGAGUGGGAUCUUGGUCUGUCUCUUCCAACGUUGUUUGUACCAAUGUGGACGACUACUACCGGGUCGUCUCCUGUUCGUCCUGUCCACGUUCUCAGUGAUGUGCUUGAAAGAGGCUCCUGGAAGGCAGCACACUGUUGUACUGUUUCGACUCUCUUCCAUCUCCCUGGUGGCUUUCAGUCUGCUAGGGGUGCAGACUUCCAUGAAUUGUGGGUGUGUCAGCUCCUCAAGCUCCUGUUGCUGUCUCAUUUCCUCCAGCUCCUUUUCUAACAGACUUACUCGUUGAAGCAAGUCCUGGAUCGUGCGGCACUUUACACAAACUUGGUUGAGCUCUGUUGGGUUUUCUCGGAUUUCCCACAUCAUGCAGUUGUCACAGAUUACUGGCUUGAAGACCAUGUUUUUUUUUGUUUGUUUUUUUGGAAGUUCAGUUUAGCUUCUGCAGCUGUCAACCUGCUUUCAAACUGCUUCUAACUGCGCUAUACUUGUCCAGGACUGUACUUCUCCCACGCUGUCGCUUCCACACGCUUUCGCUCUGAACUCUGGCUGCCUUUGUUUGUGCAUUGUGCUGCAGGCUCCGCCUCUCCCCCGUGUCUCAGAAUGCCGCGGAAUUUGAAUCAGCUGCUCCAAGUUUCAGCUUGUUAUCAGAAAAAGACACGCAGCUGUUAGGCUUUAAGCUGCAAUGUUUUCUGAUUAAAGCACUUCAAGAUGUAAUUUAAAAAUGUACUUCCUCCUUUCUGCUUCUAACUGCGCUGUACUUGUCCACGACUGUACUUCUCCCACGCUACGCCCGAGUGGGGGGAGCCCGAACGUCCUAAGCCCAAGAGGGGGGAGUCGGUGCGUCCACAGCCCAAGAGGGAGGAGUCGGUGCAUCCACAGCCCAAAAGGGAGGAGUCGGUGCGUCCACAGCCCAAGAGGGGGAAGUCAGUGCUUCCACAGCCCUAGGACCCAAGCUGCCAGCAGAGGUAGAAUGCCUGUUGGUUCACCUGCUGCUGCCGUCCCGAGAGCUAGAGGGGGAGGGGCCAUCGCUGCCAUCCCAAGAGCCAGAAGGGGAGGAGUUACAGGCUCAACCCCCUGAAUUUUUCUGGGGGGGAGAAGGGCAGGAUGCUGGUGUCCCCCAGCAGCCUCUAUUUAUGCUGCUGAAGGGAGCAUGGCACACACCAGCCCAGCCGCCACAGCAGAGGGAGCCAGCACUGCCACAGCCUCCCUCUGAGUGGCCAGCAUCAGCCCCAUCGCCACUGCCUCCACCACAGUCCCCUGCAAGAGCGGGAGAGCCACACCAGUCCCCUGCAAGUGAGGCAGAGCCACACCAGUCCCCUGCAAGAGAGGCAGAGCCGCACCAGUCCCCUGCAAGAGAGGCAGAGCCGCACCAGUCCCCUGCAACGUCAGGAGACUACACGCUGCUCCCACCUCCAUCGUCAGGAGACUACACGCUGCUCCCACCUCCAUCGCCAGGAGACUACAAGCUGCUCCCACCUCCACCGCUUCCUCCACUAGGAGCAGAGCAGCAGGAGCUGCCUCUGCCUCCGCCACCUCCACCGCUUCCUCCACUAGGAGCAGAGCAGCAGGAGCUGCCUCUGCCUCCACUACCGCCAGGAGCAGAGCAGCAGGAGCUGCCUCUUCCUCCGCCACCUCCAGGAGCAGAGGAGCAGGAGCUGCCUCUGCCUCCGCCUCCUCCACUGCUCGGAGCAGAGGAGCAGGAGCUGCCUCUGCCUCCGCCACUGCUCGGAGCAGAGGAGCAGGAGCUGCCUCUGCCUCCGCCACUGCCAGGAGCAGAACAGCAGGAGCUGCCUCUGCCUCCGCCACUGCUCGGAGCAGAGGAGCAGGAGCUGCCUCUGCCUCCGCCACUGCCAGGAGCAGAACAGCAGGAGCUGUCUCUGCUUCCCGCACCUCCACCACAGGGAGUACGGUGGCCGGAGCCCCAGAAAGGGGAGCUACCGGCUACGAAGAAAGGGGGAGAGGUCAGGAGACCACCAUCCCCCGCAGCAAUUUCGCUGCAGGAGUGGACCAGCAUGCUGUCAGCCGUGCCACUACCGGCAGGGGUGCUGACAGCAUUGCCAGCCAUGGGCCCACUGAAGCUUCCCUUCCCAGCCCGAGACUUUGUCCUGGACUGCUGGGUUUUUAAGGGGGGAGGUGGCCGUUGAGGCCAUGUGUGCUGCGCACAAGGGGGGGGUAUAUGUGGCAAUGCGCCCCGCCCCUGUGUGCAUUUGUGUGUUGUGUUGUAUGGUGCGUGUGUUAAUGUUGGUGUAUAGUCAUUGGUACACGGGAUAUAAACGGGUCUGUGUUUCACGUGUAUUUAAAAAUGUAUAAUUGUAUUUAGGCACGGGAUUGCACAUCACUGCACGUGCAUUUAAAGUAAGUAAUAUGCGCGCACGAGGUUGCACGUAAUUAAUUCACGUGCUGGGAUUCAAGUGAAUAAUUAAAUAGUAAUUGAAUCCCAGCACAACAGUAUAAAUAGAUGCACGUUUCAUUCACUCGGGGUUGGGUGUUCAGUGAGUGGAGAACGGGAUUGGAGACGGAGGUAAUAAUAAUAAUAAUAAUAGUUAAAAAUAGAAACUCACUGUGUUUUGUCUGUCUGUUUACUGUAUAGUCCAUUUUGUUUGUCUCUUUAUUUUGGCGUGAAGUGCCGUGUCCUAUUUUUCUGUUUUGUUCAACCUUUUUAUUUUGCAAUAAACCUUCUGAAAGCUACCAUUGCGUCUCAGUUUCACUCACCACUACUGUCUGUCUGUGUUUCUUCUGGGUCUGACGUGUCACCACUCAGCCAGCCUUGUGACAGUAUUUGGGAGGUAUGACCACCUGAAAGUGAUAAUUAGGCCUAUUAUCACACAUGCUUUAUAGAGGUUGAAGCGCGUCAGCAGUGUGGCUACCGUGGUUUUUGUUUUUAACAUGCCUUUGUGACAGGGAUGGACGAGUGGUGACGUCAGGCCAGAUGCAGGAUGGAAAAAAACCCAAAAUACUGCAGUUCAAAACAAACGCUUUCUUUAAAUACAAAAAUAAAUAAAAUAUUUAAACAGAAAACACUUGCUCAGAGAGCGAAAUAAAAAGGUUAAACAAAAAUAAUCACAAACACAAAAUUCUCUCCCGCUCCUCGCUCUCUCCGCUCUCGUUCUUGCUCCUAAAACCCACCCCGAACUUGGAGAGCUGCAGGCUUUUAUGCAGGUGACCACCUUCUGAUUUAGCAACAAAUGAAUCACUUAAUUCAAGAGAUGGCCACCUUCUCCACAAGGUUUUUUUAAUAGUAGAUGGGGCUUCCCAUCCACACUACCAAACGGUACGAAAAAACAAACAUUCGGCUAUGCUGUCAUUUAUAAAUAAACCAUAACACGUCAUCGUAAAUAUAAUAAAUAAAUCAUACACCAAAACACACGGCUUUCGUCGUCAUUUAAAUACAAAUAAAUAAAUCAUAAUACAAAACAAUAAAUUGCACAGGGGCGGAGGGGGAGACCCCGUUGUAAAAAUAAAACAAACA